AGGGGAUUUUGUUAUCAAGUAAAGCUGAGAGAAGCAUUUCCUAUGCCUCUUCCAUUCCAUAGUUUAAACUCGUCCGGUUUCUAUACUUGUUGAUACUUUGGAUUGUCGUACAGUCGUAGCCAAAUGUAAACAAUAAUAACUACAGGCAAUCGUUUCAAGUUUCAUCGGCGUUCAGUUUUACCGCCGACUUUGUUGCUAUCGGUUGACCAGUGAAGUUUGAUUGAAUGUGAUAAAUCCUUGUUUGAAUCAAAUUCGCAGUAUUCAAUACAAAAUAUGUGGGUUUCGCAAACAAUAACAUAUUUUUAAAUUUUAUGGCCGUUGUAUUUUAAAAGUUAACCAUGCAAAAAACUAAAGAACAAGCUGAUCUCAACACAAAAUUGAUAAAGUCUCAGCUUUCUACGAAAGAUCGUAAUCACGAGCAGGAAAUAAAAGCGUUGAUUUCCAAGGUUAGCAAUCAGAUCGACAAAAAAGAUUUAAAACCACAAGCUAAACUAAUAAAAUCCAGGAAGAAAAAAGACCAACGUUCAAUGACUUUCCGGAAUAUGAAACAAACUGAAUCUACUAAACCGAAAGAGAAUAUCGCUAGUAGAGUAAAUGUUCGUCCGCAGAUUUCAAACAUUCCAAAGUCUCAAUCCGAAAAUAAGUCGGAUAAUAAAAAAGGGUGCCAAAGCAAAGACCGAUCAAACUCCUCAAAGGAGCAUAUUACAUGCUUUUUUACAUUAAUCAGGCAAUCUCUUGGUAAUGAUAUAAAAAUGCCAACUUGUGUAAUAUGCUGUAAGUCUUUCCAGUCAGACAGUGCCUGUAAUCAACACAUGUCCGUAUGUGCAGCUAAGUGUCCGACUGAAACUGUUAACCGGCAGGUGUUCCAGCUAAAGACCAUUAACAUUCAUGGUUUUAUCACGAAGCUGUUGUUGUACAACAAGUCGACGGUGCCUUUAAUUCUACAUACUAUGCAUAUCAUCGGUAGAAAUAAUACUGCGAUUCCAGCCUUUGACAGUCAAUCAGUAUUACGAAUGGUGCCCGGUUAUUGCUUUGAUGCAGAAGUUGAUCUCAAACUCUUGGUCAAAGAUACGAACGAUACCCUUGAAUGGAAUUUAGCAAUCGUACUAGUAGCUGUUCCAAUAGGAAGCGAAAAAACCGUGGUGGCGGAAGUGUUUCACCUAAAAAUCAGUCCAAUCACCAAAAGAACUCCGCUAGUUUUAAAACGCCUUCCAGAAAGUGAGCCCUGUCCCUACGUCCAGAAUGUAUAUGAUUGCAAAUUUAAUAAAAAAGCUGUCAGUGGUUUGCAAGAAUCGAAAAUUUUGUCCAUAUUGGAUGAUGCUAAGAAUAUGAAUUCGCUCACCAGCGCUCACUAUAAAAAUCAGCUGAAACUUUUGAACCAGAUAGAGGACAUACAUUUGCGAUCUGAGUUUCGCCAAUACACAAUAAUAAAUCCAGUAAUAAAUCAUCGUUCCAAGUUAUACUACACAAUUUCGAUUAAACAAUUUUCAACGCGACCAUCCUUACUUAAAGAGGACGUUGAGGUUAUUGUGUAUAUCGAAGGAAAAAAGCGCGAGCAAAAGUUUUACGGUAUAGUGGAUCGAGUGGAUUCGGCUACCGUACUUUUAUUGAUGAAUAAAGGGUUCCAAACGGAUAAAGUAGUGAAAAUACGCUUUGUUGACGAUAGAACUACUUUUAAAUUGGAAUACAAAGCACUGGCCAUGAUGGACCAGAAUGUAAUUGAUUGUAUGAUGUUUCCACAGCCAGUUGCUGUAACCGACAGGAUUGAAGAGUAUUCAAGUUUCAAUUGGUUCCGUCAAACCAUAACUUCCAAUGAAGAACAGAUGACGGCGGUACGCAACAUUGUUAAUCGGACUGCUUUUCCAGCCCCUUAUAUCCUGUUGGGCCCGCCAGGAACUGGAAAAACAUCCACGCUGGUCGAAGCUAUAGCUCAAAUUUAUAAACUUUGUCCCCACAAGAACAUAUUAGCAACGGCAACAUCAAACUUCGCCGCAAAUGAACUUACCGAUCGCUUGUUAAGCUUUGUACCUGCUACAAAAAUAUUUCGAUUUUUCUCAAAAACUGCCUUCCGGCAGAUUGAUAGUAUAAAACCGAAUGUGCUGCGUGUGUCCAACUUUAGUGGCAAUACUUACGAAAUGCCAUGCUACGAAGACAUUUAUGAUAAUCGUGUGGUAGUUUGUACUCUGACUACUGCUGGUAGGUUAGUGCAGGCUAACAUUUCUACGGAGCAUUUCAGCUACAUAUUUAUAGAUGAAUGUGGCAGUGCUAAAGAAAUUUCAGCUUUAAUACCGAUCAUUAAUAUUGGUACUGUCCAAAGCACCAUCAAAGCGAGUGUUAUACUAUCCGGUGAUCCUCGUCAGCUUGGUCCAGUAAUUCAGUACGAUAGCCUCAAUAACACUACACACAGUAUGUCAAUGCUAGAACGAAUGGCAGAGCUGGAUUGCUACAAACCAGAUCCUACAACUGGCCAAUAUAACAAUCUACUUAUAACGCAGCUUCGUAACAACUAUCGCUCCCAUCAAUCACUGCUGCAAUUUGCAAAUGAAGCAUUCUACGCCGGUCAACUGCGAGCAAAAGCACUCCCAAAGCUUACAAACUGGGCUAUCGGUUGGCAUUUCCUUCCGAAUCGGAAUUUUCCAAUGCUCUUUCAUCCGAUUCGCGGUGAAACUAAAACAUCGGAAGGUUCAUUUAGCUUGUAUAACCCGACUGAAAUUGAUCAAGUAGUUUUCUACGUACGGGAGUUACUGAACAAUGGAAUUAAUAAUAAAGCUGUUCAGCAGCAACAAAUCGGUGUCAUAUCUCCCUAUGCUCGUCAGGUUUAUGAAUUCAAAGAAGUGUUUGCCCAGCUAAAAUGGAACGACAUCGAAGUAGGUUCGACGGAGCAGUAUCAAGGUCGUGAAAAGGAUAUUAUAAUCAUUUCCACAGUUCGAUCGAACUGUUCGCACGUCGGUUUUCUGGCAAAUACCAAACGACUUAACGUAACUGUUACAAGAGCCCGAGCACUGAUGAUCAUCGUUGGGGAUAUGGUGACCUUAGAACGUAAUAAACCUUGGAAACAACUAAUAGCGUACUGCAAACGAAAUGGCAGUAUAGUAUGGAAGAAAGCUAAACCUAAAGCAUUGAAACUGGGGACACCUGCCAACAAACAUAUUAUACCACGACUUCCUGAAAGAAGCUGCAAUUACGACUUGGAAGAAAUAACUCGUACAAUAAAAUCUAUGGUUUUACAGACCUUCGAAAAUUUACAGACAAAUCAAACAUUAAAGAGUGAUAACCCUAUGUGAUGUUAUCGUUUAAGGACAUUUAUGUGAUCAUCGACGCUUACUCAACACUGGAAUUUGAGUCAAUGUUCAAUGUGUGAAAAAAGAUUCUUGUUUGGAAGGAAUAAAAAUCAAAGUGUGUUAUGUUAUUUGUAAUGUUUUAAAUUUCCUAAAGUAAAAACGUGGAGCGUGCAGGGUUUACAACAGCGGAAGAAAUUAUGUGUACAUGAUGUACAUGAGUUUUGUGAUUGGCUCAGACACGAAUACAUUUAUGUAGUGCG